AUGGGACAGGCCAGGGGCCUGGAACAGGGUAGUGGGCCACUGCCUGAAUUGGGCCAGAAUGGAUCCCAGGGCUUCAAGGAACCAUCCCCCACGCCCACGGCCAGCAAGCGCUCCAUAGGUACUGAAGGUCCACUGCCAGCCAGGCGCUGUGCUGGGAACCUAGAAACUUGGGACCCCGUGCCUGGCUUGGAGAGCUUGCAAUCUGGAGACAGUCGCGCUGUAGGCAAGAAAAUGAUUUACCAACGGCAGACCUGUUCUGGGGUGGUGGGGGGGUCCCCGAAGGCCACUGGCCUGACCACUCAGGGCGGGGAGCUGCUCCAGCCGUGGGUGGCGGCCGGACCGCCGCGGCAACCGCGGGAUGUGACCGUAGCGCGGGGGAAGUGCUCAGCGCAAACCCGAGCCUCCCCGCCCGGCCUGUCCCGGACGGACAAAGCCAGCUUUAGGGAUUCCUCGCUUCCACGUAAAGCCUCCCGUCCGCUGAAAUGCGAGCAGCGCCCCCUCCCACCAGCCCAUUUGGCUGUUAGCAGUCAUCACCGAGGCUCCGAGGCUCGGUCAGUAACUCCCACUGCCCUGUCUGGAGCCAGAGGCCAAGAGCAGUGUGGGAGCACCCCUGAGCCAAGACCCCCCCCUGCCGGCCCCACCCUGCUGCCACCCUCUGCUGUGCCCUGGGAAGAUGAGGGCGGCGCAGAGCCCACGUCCCCCGUGGUGGUUUCAUGCGCCAUAAGGCGGGCAAUCAAAAAUAACAAACACACAGACACCUGCUCAGGGCCUGCCGCUGCAGUGGGCCAUGCUGAGGUGACUGCCUGGGAAAGAAAGCAAUCCCCAGGCCUGGUGGAGAGAAAUAACAGCAUCAGCGAGGAGCAGGAGCCACAUCUUGGUCUGCAAAGCCCCAGCCAGUAAGUGGGCUAAAAAUAAGCAGCCUCUCCCGGCUGCCACGCACCCUCCUUUCCCUAGUGACUUGGG